AUGGCCACCGCUACUGCCAAAUCUCUUCCUGUCGAUUUGUACCACCUGCUCUCGGCUGAACUAGCUGAACGCCUAGACUUUCCAACGCUCUACAGUUGUAUUACUAGCAGUGCACAGAUUGCCAACAGUGGUGCCAUCGCUGCUCUGUAUCGCAUCUCACAUUCAGCACCAGUCAAAGGCGGCGGUGAAGGACUACCUCUUGCCGAGCAGGAGUUGACAGUGCAAAGAUGGUCGAUAUUAUGGCGCACGAUCACGCUUUCUGCGUUCGGCAAGACGCUCUACCCUUACUGUCGACAUCUAAGGCUACUGGACCUGCGGGAUCUGGGCGAUCUUCUCGAUGAUGACAAGUUCCGCGGCAAGAUUUUUAAGAAGUUCUUCUCGGGCGAGCUUGCUCAAUUCCAUUUCGUACAAGCGACAUCUACAAGAGGCCGACCAGCUCGCCUGGAUAUCAAGAAAAUUGUCACUGCGAUUGGCGCAAAGAUCACACAGCAUAGCCCCAUGCUGGAAGCGCUCACCGAACCCACGAAUUCAAAUAUUUUCACAAGCGUGCUCUCCGACUGGGCUCCUCGAUUAUCACAUUUGAAGUCACUCGACCUCUGGGACGGUAAAGCCUUGGCGAACGAAGAUCUGCAAAAGCAGCUGCACGAACACUGUCCGAAUCUGAGCAGCUUGAGGAUAUAUUCAUCACUCAACGAUGAUGCCGAUCAUGCUAUCGCUACAUUCAUUAGCGGCAUGCAAAAGAAUACUCUGACUUACUUCGAGAAUAUCAGCUCGUGUCGGAUUGGUGCAGAGACCUGCUUGGCCCUCAACCAUCAUGGGCACAGCCUGCAGUCGCUGAAACUGGGCCUCGCUGCGGAUGGCUUGCCUGCACUCGCUUUGCUACAAGGAUGUACAUCAAUCACUACGUUGGCACUCGCCGCAUCCACGGGUACACUAGAUCUCAAAGCGACACAGAAUGACGUCUAUGUGGAGAUGGUCGAGUGGUUGCGGAAUUGCACCAGCCUGCGUGAAGUCAGCCUCACCAACUUUGUUUCUGCUCCGGAUCUAUUACUUCCAGUCCUACAGAGCAAAGAUAUCAAGCUACAGAAACUCCAGAUCAAUGCAAAUGAAGGCGGCAUGUAUGUGGUCAAGGACCAUCGCGAGUUUCAUCAGGCUUUGAGUCAACAAGCUGGCCUGCAACGGCUGUUACUACGGGCAGACCCAGAUCCAGUCAUAAGAGACGAUAUCGACACUUUGAUCGACGCCUUCACAUCGCUAAAGGAGCUACGAGAGCUCAGCUUGUUCCGUAUCUCAGAUUACUUCAGCGAUUCCCAUAUCGGCAUGCUCGCCAUCAGCCUGCCAAACCUCGAAGAAUUGUACGUGGGCGGCUAUGGCAUCAGUGACGCGGUAUUCAACAGCCUGGCAGAGCUCAAGAACCUGAAGGUCAUCACAUUCAGUGGCAUUACAACGUUCACAGAAGCAGGCAUCAUGAGCUUUGUUGAAAAGCUCGGUCCUGGGAAUAGAGGUCUGGUUUUGGCUGUUGAUAACGCAGACCAAGAUACGGCAAUACCGCAGGAGAGUCAGGAUACGAUUAGGAAUGCACUAUCCCAGAUUGACGGACGAUUCGAGUAUCAGCUUCUGAGAGAUCCCAAUGUGCCUGAAUUUGACACAGAUGAUUCAGACUAG